AUGUUUUAUGGUUACCACGAGUAUAAUGGCCAUGACGGUGAGAAAUGUAUCACCCUCUGUGAUCAUAUUGAAGCUUUGGCAUUUGAAGGAAAAAUUGACCAAUUCCUUCUUCACAAUCCGAGGGAUAAUCGCAACCAACGCCAAAUGAAUGUGAUAUAUUCUAUAAGGGGUGGCACACCCAUAUCUGAAUCUUCCAACAGAGCCAUGAAAAACAAUGAACGAACAUUGAAGCCUGGCUACCAAGUGUUUCACGUGGAAGACAUCAGGAGAGGCAAGUAUCAAAAGCCUAAUUGGGAUCCAAUAUGUUUCUACCCUGAGGAAGAAAGAGGUAUCAUCUAUCCUUACAACGACCCACUGAUUGUGGAGGCUCACAUAGCCAACUUUGAUGUACAACGAAUCCUGGUAGACACGGGGGCGUCGGUCAAUAUCAUGUUUGCUGAAGCUUUCAAAACACUUAAUGUAGCUGAACACUUGCUCGAUCACUUGAUUUCUCCUCUGAUAAGCUUCUUUGGUGAUGUCGUGCAACCUUUAGGGAGCGUACAUUUACCCUUCACUAUCGGUACAGGCUCGUACACAGCCACCAUCACCACUAGCUUCUUGGUAGUUGAUUGCCCAACGACAUACAAUGUCAUCUUUAGGUGCACAGGCAUUAAUGAUCUCAAGGCCAUGGUAUCCACAUAUAUGUUGUUGAUGAAAUUUCCAACCCCCUAUGGCAAUGGUUACAUUAGAGGAGAUCAACUUAGUGCACGGUCAUGUUACAACACUUCAGUCAAGCAACAACACUUGCAUGUACCCAAAGAAACACUUUCUAUACAUGACCAAGUUAUCAAGACCAGCUCGGACAAAGCCAACUUGAAUAUUCACGGUGGUAACAAUCAACCUGACGAUCCUCGAGAUGACUCUUUCACUUAG